UGUAAAUGAUUGGUUCAACUAUUCUAGUAAUUUCAGGGUUCAUGAGGGGCAAUAUAGUCAUCCAAAGUGUAUAAUAUAUCUAUCUUAUCUACCAUGCCUGCCUUGACAAUUUACGUCGGCUUAUACAAUUCAAAAGCCUCAGUUGAAUUUCCAAAGCCACCAUUGAUGAUGAAUGCUGAGGAAAUCUUGAAGCUCUUUGAUUCUUACUGGUUUGGGCAUCAAAACUUGAAGGAACACCAAAGUUCCUCAACAUCGGUAUCAACAAUUUCUCAUGAAAAUUCAGAUCAUCAAAUGAAAGAAGAACCAUCAGAACCAAUGCUUUCACGCAUCCAAAGCAGUCAUAGCAGGUCCAUGAGCGACCAUUUGAGCUCCAUGACAUGCUUCAAGCAUCAUUGUCUUUCUCCAGACUCAGUUCUUUUCUCACCAAAGCUUCAAACCAUUCUCUCAGGAAAAGAUGUCACAGACACACAAGCACAGGUGCAGCAUGAAGUGUUGCGUAAGAAGAACAUCACAGGCAACGGAAGGAGGAAGAAAAGGCAAAGCAAGAGUUUGUCAGACCUUGAGUUUGAGGAACUAAAAGGGUUCAUGGAUCUUGGUUUUGUUUUCUCAGCGGAAGAUAAAGACUCAACCUUGGCUUCAAUCAUUCCUGGCUUGCAAAGGUUGGGAAAGAGUGAUGAGGAAGAAGAGGAUUGUGAUGAGUCUGCAAUCCAAAGACCUUACCUCUCUGAAGCAUGGAAGGUUCAAGAAAGUAGAAAGAAAGAGAACCCACUGAUGAAUUGGAAAAUUCCUGCUCUCAACAAUGAAAUUGACAUGAAAGAUAGUCUUAAGUGGUGGGCUCACACUGUUGCAUCCACCGUCAGAUGAUGAACUUCAUCAUUCAAGUUUUUCCUGUAUUAAAUAUUUUGCUUAUAUCUUCGAAAUUUUAUUCUAAUUUUUACAUAUUCAUUUCCUAGCUACUCUUCUAUAUUUUGAACCUAAUUCCUUCUCAAUCUUCUGGAAUUCCACAUUGUAAUUUAGACUAAAGGAGGGGAAUGCCACUCAGUUUAGGUCAUACACAUUAUCUGUUGUAGUAGGUCCAUGUCCCUAUCAAAUUUGAACAUUUCUACUUCAAAUUUAAGGCCACAAAGCUUACACCGAAAUAAAUAUCAGACUCCCAACCCGAAAGA